CAAAUUUAGGGCUGUAAAUUGUAAUAUUGCCAUUUUAUCUAUCGUUCUCAAGUCAAAUAGAAUCUGAAGAAAGAUUCAUUCCAGAAUAGGGGAUUUAGAAAGAGUAAGAAAUCCUGAGUUUCAAUAAUCCAGUUUAACCCCAAGAAAUGCCAACUCUAACGAAGCUAUACACGAUGCAAGAAGCUUCAGAGCACAAUUCCGCAGGCGAUUGCUGGGUUGUUAUCGAUGGCAAGGUGUACGAUGUGUCAUCGUAUCUGGAAGAACACCCAGGUGGAGAUGAUGUCCUCCUUCAGGUUACUGGGAAAGAUGCUACCGAUGAAUUUGAAGAUGCGGGGCAUAGCAAAACUGCAAGGGAACUAAUGGAAAGUUUUUUUGUUGGGGAGUUGGACACGUCAGACAUCCCUCAGCUUGAAAUUGUCUCUGAGAAGCAAGAAAAUUACAUUUUUGACCUUACUAAGCAAUACUGGGCUGUUCCAUUAGCAGCCAUUGGCAUAUCGGUGGUUGUCACCUUUUUGUACUUGCGCAAGAAGUAAUUCAAGUUGUAUUAAGAAAAAAAGCCUUCUAUUAAUUCGGAGGUAUUUUGAACACCAUAAAAAAAGAGGUUUAAAUUUUGUUAAUGGAUUUGUAAACCUAAAUUAUUUGAGUAAAAGAUAUAUGAUAUCCAUUUGGAUAUGGAUUUCAUCUGGUUA